UUCUCUCCGUCCUCGGCCGGGCUUCUCCUUCUCCGCCGGCCUUGUUCUUCCCUGGUGGGCCGGGUCAGGGCCCAUUGACCAGAGGCCGCGGCCAAGCCCACUUCAGAGGCCCAAAUAGCCCGGCUCCCUCUGUCCGUCUCUCUCUGUCGCCUGCUCUGCAUCUCGACGGAGCGGAGCGGAGAGGAGCAGAUCGGAUGGAUCCGUCGCCGGCGGCGUCGCUGGUGGUGCGGAGCCCUAGGCAGACGGUGAGCCUGCUCCGGAGCCGGCGCCCGCAGUUCGGGCGGGAGCGGAAACGGCGGCCGGGGCCGGCGGCGGGGCCGAAGCCGUCGGAGGUGUACGGGUUCGUUGGGUCCAUCACCGUGGUGAUCGCGACGGCGGUGUACCUGGCGUGGGCCUACACGCCGGAGCCGGCGCUCCGGUCGCUCGGCAUCACCUACUACCCCACCAAGUACUGGGCGCUGGCCGUGCCGUCGCUGGCCAUGGUCGCCGUCGCCCUCUCCCUCAUCGCCUACCUCGGCUCCAACUUCGUCGCCACCCCUCCCCCCACCUCCUUCUCCACCAUCUUCGACGAGUACACCCGUGAGCGCCCGGCCGCCACCCCCGUCGCGGUGCCGGUCGAUGCCGCGACGGCGCAAGAAGAAGAAGAAGAAGAAGAAGAAGCGGAGAUGCCGAUCGAACCCAUUUCGGACAUCAGCAUCCAUCACAUCAACAACCUCAUGUUUGGUGAUCGCUGAAGACCCACCGUUGUGAUGAUUUUUCCGAAACUAUGAUACUUUAGCUGAUAGUGCAAUGCUGCUGCUCUUCUUCUUACACUGCUUGCUCACCAAAUUCUGAUAAAGAAAUAUUGUCUUUUUAAGUAUAUUGUGAUCGAUUUUUGAGCGAGCAAAUUGUUAGAGUUC